AUGGUAUCGUCGGAAUCUGAAAACAUUUUCGACUUCGCCGCGUUGGUCGGGAAGCCCGAUUGGAACAACUUGAAGGUAGUUCAUCGGAAUACACUCUCUCCAAGAUCCUCGUUUGAAAAUUACACUUCUAUUCAAGAUGCACUGGACGACAAGGGAGCCCUGACCGUCUGCCUGUCAGGUACGUGGAAAUUCCAGGUGUUUCCAUGUCCCUUUGACAUGCCAUCCAUCUCUGCUCCUGAAAUGCAGCACAUGUCAAACUACCAGGAUAUUGAAGUUCCUGGAAUGUGGCAGCUUCAGGGCUAUGGCAAGGGCCCCGAGUACACCAACAUGGCUCUCCCAUUUCCGGUAGACCCGCCCAACGUUCCGCUAUUUGAGAACGAGACCGGUCUUUACGUUCGGGAGUUUAAGGUUCCGGCCGACUUUUCAGGACAUCAACUCCGACUGCGAUUCGAGGGUGUAGAUUCGGCCUUCCACGUUUACGUGAACAGUGAACUCGUUGGAUACUCUCAGGGAGCGAGGAAUCCAUCAGAAUUUGACAUCACGAACUUUGUCUCACUUGACUCAUCAAAUAAGCUCUCUGUUGUUGUCUACCAACGAUGUAAUGGUACCUAUCUGGAAGAUCAGGAUCAAUGGUGGCUGAGUGGUAUUUUCAGAGAUGUGAACCUGAUUGCGUUUCCUCAAGUCCGCAUCGAGGAUGUGAGGAUCAAAACCCUCUUGGACGCUGAAUACAAGAACGCUAUCCUCGCUAUCGACCUCACCACCAACGGCGCCACAAACGUACGUCUAGAUUUGUACGAUGCACAACUCCGGAAGAUCGCCACAACAUCCCAAUCAAUCCCCAAGACAGGAGAAACCACCUUUACCCUUGACAUUCAGAACCCGCACAAGUGGACAGCCGAGACUCCGUACCUAUACCAAGCCAUCAUUACAAUUGACGAAAGCCAACAUACAAUCGCGCAGAGAGUCGGCUUCCGCCAGGUGGAAAUAACAGAUGGCAUCAUUACAGUCAACGGGAGACGCAUUGUCUUUAGAGGAACCAACCGCCACGAACACCAUCCCAAGUAUGGGCGUGCGGUCCCUUAUGAAUUCAUGCGUCAAGAUCUUCUGUCAAUGAAGAAACACAAUAUCAACGCCAUUAGAACAUCGCACUAUCCUAAUGACCCUCGAUUUUACGACUUAGCCGAUGAGUUGGGCUUUUGGAUCAUGGAUGAAGCUGAUCUUGAAUGUCAUGGAUUCUCACCCGUGGAGCUUGCUGCAUUGACGGACGAGGAAAGAAGGAUGUCCAAGAAGGGUGUUAUUUCCCUGGAAUGCGGUCGCGCAACCGAAUGGAUCUCAAAUGACCCUGACUGGGAAGAAUCGUUUGUGGAUCGUGUGCAGCAGCUGGUUAUUCGGGACAAGAACCAUCCAUCAGUGAUCCUCUGGUCCUUGGGUAAUGAGUCUUACUUUGGUAAGAACAACAUUGCCUGCUACAAUUGGGCCAAAGCCUACGAUGACACGAGGCCCAUCCAUUACGAGGGUGACCGUGAUGCCGAAGUUGUAGACAUGUAUAGCUUGAUGUACCCUGCCAUGGAGGAAGUUAUUGCUCUUGAGAGGGAAUCUCCACAAAGGAAGCCAAUCAUCUUGUGCGAGUGCCUUUACGGAAUUGGCAACGGAGCUGGAGCUAUCCAGGAGAACUUCAACAUGAUCUACGAGUACCCGCGAAUCCAAGGGCUUUUUGUGUGGCAAUGGGCUAGCCAGGGCAUCGAGACAACCAAUGCAGCUGGCGAGAAGUAUUAUGGAUAUGGAGGCGACUUCAAUGAUCCCAUCAAUGAUGGCCAUGAUAAUAUCCAUGGCUUCAACUUCUCCGACCAUACACCAAAGCCCGCCCUUUCUGAGCUCAAAAAGGCUUUGGAACCGGUACAUGUCAUUUCAGCUACCAAAUCAGGUUUCUCCUUUGUGAACAGAUACGACUUUGAUAACCUCUCCAAUUUGGACUGCGAGUGGUCCAUUGUUGGUGAUGGAUACUCCACCGAACGAUCCAAGAUCGAUCUGCCCUUGAUAAAGCCAGGAGAAACUGCCGAGAUCAGCAUUGACGCUAUCCAUGAUGACAGGGAGUGUUACCUCGAGAUUAUCUUCAGUCUCAAGAAUGAUACUCUCUGGGCAGCCGCCGGUCACCGAGUUACCGUAGCACAGUUCAGACUCCAGGCCCCAACGGAAAUCCCUGACAGCCCUUCUGAAUCUCCUAUUGUGAAAGAGGUCUCAGGCUCGAUUCUUGAGAUCAAAGGUGGAGCAUCUUCGUGGGAGUUUGAUUAUCUCCGUGGUAUCUUGCUAUCCUGGACCAAGGAUGGAGGAGCUAGCUUAAUCGCAUCUCCGCCAACAUUGAGUUUCUAUCGCGCCAUGACUGACACUGAUGUCCUUGGUGACGGAGUAGAAUGGGCCGCGAAACAGUUGAGGCACGUCAGGCCAUUCACAAAUAACGUCAAAGUUGAAACAUGUAGUCAUCAUGUCACUAUCCAAGUUUCCGCUCGGGCUGGCCCUGCGACUUUGGAAUGGGGCUUCAACCUGACAACAACAUAUACAUUCUCUCUCGAUAGGGUGACUAUCAAUGUGACUGGGGCUCCUUUUGGAGUUAAUGCGCCUAAAACUCUCGCAAGGAUCGGUCUAGAGUUUGAUAUCUCCCCUUCCUUUGACAGUGUAGCCUGGUUUGGUAGAGGGCCGGGUGAGGCGUAUAGAGACCGUAAGAACGGGCAUCACAUCGGCAACUGGGAGUCGACUCUCGAUUCUAUUUCCACAGAGUACGAGUAUCCCCAAGAGAGCGGUAACAGGACUGAUGUGAGAUGGGUCUGCUUUAAGAACACAGAUGGUCCCACAACCACCAUCAAAGCAUAUUUUGGUCAGCUCGAUGGAUGCAGCUUCAACGCCUCUUACUAUGGCAUAGAUGAUCUGGAACGCUCGAGGCACCCAUGGGAGCUCACGACCAGGAAGCAUCCAACUAUCAGGCUGGAUUGGGACCACCACGGCCUGGGAACUGGGAACAUUGGCCCCAAAACGCUGCCUCAGUAUGCACUAUACAACAAACCAUUCAACUAUACUGUCACAUUAGAAUGA